AUGGCCCAGACCCCUUAUUACGGCGGUAAUCAUCCGCCUCCCCUAUUCGUCGCUGAACUCGACAGUGAGCCAGGACGUCCCGGUGAUGCCCCGUCUCAUCAUAGGCCAGAUGGAACACCUGUGUUCGAAAUGAGCGGCGAGCCAGUGCUUCCGCAGCAUGGCCAAGAUGGAAACCAAUCUAGUACUUCUCAUAACGGCCCGUCGUCCCUCCAGGCCCUGGGUGCGUCCAAACCAGCACUACAAGGCCAAGAGGACCAGAACAAGCCAAGCAAAGACACACCCACUGCACCCCAAUCUGUCAUGGCCAAUCCCUGGGCAUACUUCGGACCCGAAUCUUCGGAUGAUAAGCCAAAAGAAACUCAACGACCUCAGACAGACACCCGCCGGCCAUCAGAGCCAGUGUACAGACCUUAUCCUGGCGAUAGUGAUGACAGCCCUCCAGAGGUUCCUCAUGGCACACGGCCGUCCACCAAUCCUUCAAGCCCAGACCUCAAAAAUGAAGACUAUGCCUUCUAUCCUGCUCCGUUGAAGCUUGCCCAUCGUCCUGCCAAUGCAACUUCCCCCCCUGCCUUCAAGGCGUAUGUUCCUCCAGUGACCCAGGAUUCAUCCGAUUUAGAGCCCAAGCCUGUAGGCCGGCCUGAUAGGACCGACUCGCAGUCGCCAACGGAUCUAAAUGCAUAUCGGCCAUAUAGACCACAUUCGACUCAGCCUCCUGCUUCACCUGUACCAACACCCAGUACUCAUCCUGCCACUCUGUCCCCUAAUCAGAAUGUCCCUCCUGUAUCCCCCCCAAGGCCUCCAGAACAGCAACCACCCGGGACAGUUUCCCAUCAAAUUACCUCGACAACACCUCCGAGCCACAAUCCAAACCCUCCAGCUUCCGGUGCCACCCUACCAAAGCCAGCUGCCAGUCUUCCUGCCUCCCCGAAGCUUCAAACCCAACAAUCAGAACCACAGCCGCAAAUACAGUAUGGCAUUCCUAACGCUGCUCCAGCUCAACCGAUGCCUCCAUCUACAUCAACCUAUCUUCCCUCCCCUGUGACCCCCUCAGUCCAGUUAUCCUCAGUCAUAUCUUCACCAGCAACUCCGGCGACGAAUGCUGGGGUUCCCUUCACUCAGCCACAAUAUGCUGCUCACGUUGCUGCCCAGACGUACGCCCAGACACCUGCAUCAGCGGCAUCAACAGGUCCAUCUCAUCAAACUGGAGUGCCAUUUGCACAACCGCAAUAUGCUACUCCGGUUCAAGCACAUAACUUUGGAUCAAACCAAUCCAACAUAACCGUCACACAAGCCCCGGCAUCUGUUAUGCCAACUUCGGCCAGUAACUCAUCACAAUCCACUCCGGUUCAGUUCAACUACGGUGUGCAGCAGCCAACUUAUUCAACCCCAGUAGAACCAGCGCAAAGCACUUUGAGUCAAGCAUCCGCUCACCCACCCGCCCCUUAUCAACAAUCAAUUACUCCCGGGUCCAAGGUACAACAAACACAUGCGCAACAACCGAACACGAGACCAUAUGGGAUACCGGUGCCGACAAUGAUCUCACAUUCACCCCCACCUCCAUAUGCGGCUCAGGAACCUACAACUCCUAUGACAGGACCUCCUGUCAACAGCGGUAUGCCUUUGAGCUUUGGAGCUGGAGCGCAACAAUCUGGAUCAGGAAAUCCCACGAUGUAUCAGCCAUCUCCCACUGGUCCUUAUACUUCUCAGCCUCAGUAUCCUACCCAGCCUACCUACGCUCCGGCUACCAGUCCCCCCUUGCCGAAUCACUCAGGAAACAGCCUGCAGCCCCCAGCUCUCCCUCCCAGGCCAUCUUCAUCGCAAGGCUUCGCUCCCACAUCAGGCUUCGGUGCAGGCCCUGCUGGUUACAACCCUGCUAGCUAUCCCCGUCCACCACAAACAUAUUUCGCACCUCCUCCUGCGCUGCCACCACGGCCUGGCCUCGGAAAGCUAGCUGGUGGCGGUGGAAAGCUAUUUGGCAGCAGCUCCGCAGAUAAAUGGCUAAAGAAGACGGGCCAGGUAUUGGAAAGCACGUUGGCACCAUAUCUUCAAGGGCAAUCAGGACAAUCGGCAUCCUAUCGACCGGGCUCUAAUGGUUUGCAAGGACAACAGGGACAGCCGAUGCAGCAGGCACCAGGCCAGUAUCCCCCCCAAGGCCACCAUUUCCAUGUUCCUCACUUGGCCCCUCAGUACAGAGGUGCUUCAGAAUCGGGACAUCCACCACAGGGACCCAGUGCACCAGGAUACUAG